AUCUUUAUUGGAUUUCGCUUAAAUGGACUACACACAGUAUCCCGAGUUUAGUCAUAGGCUUGUGGAGGAUUACGAAGGUUACAGUUGCGCGCGAAACGGCAACGUGUCGGUAUCACAGGAGCCGACGACGAAGGAGAGCAGCGCGAAGUUACCUUCGCAGCCGGGCCAGAACAAUCAUCGGGAGGAGAGCAGCUGGUGGGCGGCGGAGGAGGGCGGGGGUCAAGAGAUAAGGGAGCGCGAUAAGGGUGCAGCGGUGGCGGGUGAGCUGGCUUGCCUCGCGGGUUACAUGGCGGGGUACUUGAAGGCGGCGGGCGCCACUUGCGCCCCGACCGGUAGUCCUCAGUACCAUCCCCACAGUCAUCCGGCGAUGGGGGUUGGUACUCAUCCGCAUCCGCACUCUCACCCGCACCCGGGCGCGCCGCAUCCCGGCCUGCCCUCGCCUUUCGCCCUCGCCACUCACGGCCAUCCUCAUCCUCAUCCCUUGGAGCACGGCCUCGCAGCGUUUCCCCAAGGGAUGAACCAGCGGAAACAGCGUAGAGAGAGGACAACUUUCACCAGAGCGCAAUUAGACGUGUUGGAAGGAUUGUUCACGAAAACGAGGUAUCCGGACAUCUUCAUGCGGGAGGAAGUUGCCUUGAAAAUUAAUCUGCCGGAAUCACGAGUUCAGAAUAGAUGGAUUAUCCGACUCGUUUGA